AUGCAUGAAGAACUUCCGCAUAUCGUCGUUUUAUCCUAUAAUGAAAAGGAUGUAGAAAAUUUUAUAGGAUAUUUGAAAAAUAAAUUUGAAGUGUUAGAAGAUUAUGUUAAUAGUGAUAAGUAUAAAAUUACGUACAAUGAUAAGAGAAGAUACGAAAAAAAUGAAGAAGACGAAGGGAAUUAUAUUUUUCAGAAUAUUAGUAAAAUAAAAAUUGUAAAUAAAUAUUAUAGUGCAGACGUUAUAAUUUCAUCAUGUAUUUAUAACAAAAUAUUAAAUGUUGAAAAAGAAAUACAUAUAGAUAAUAUACCAUAUGAAAGCAUAAUAUUUUUAUUUGACGAUUUUAAUAGAAAAGAAAAAAAUAUAAUUAAUCAUAAUCCGUUUAGAAAUUACAAUAAUGAUGAUUGUAUGGAAUAUAUAAAAGAUGAAAAAAAUGGGAAUAUGAUAAGAAAUGUAAACUUUGAUUUUUCAAAUUUAUAUAAAGAUAUAGGUAUUAAAAUUGCAAUAUUUCCUUUGUCAUUGCAUGAAGAAAAAAAUACGGAUAUACUUUAUUUUUUUAGUGAAUAUUUUAUUGAAGCUUUAUAUAUAAAUUAUAAUUUAACAAAUAUUGAACAAGAAAUUCCGGAUGAACAAGAAGAUAAUAUAAAUGAUAAUAAAAAUGAAAAUAAAAAUAAAAAUAAAAAUAAAAACAUAAUCAAAAAUAAAUUUGAAGAAUUUUAUGAGGAUGAUGAACGUUUAGUUGAAGCAUUACAUUGUAAUAUGUGGAAAGGCUUACAGAUGAAAAAGGCAAAUAUAAUCAUGCAUGAACAUUUAGAAAAUAAUCUACAAAACCAAGAUAAAAAGGAAGAAGAUAAAACAAAGAAUAAUGACCAAAGGGCGGAUGAAAAUAAAACGACACAAAAUAAAGAAGAUUAUCAAAAUGUAUUAAAGACAGAUCAAACUGAAUUAAACGACAAAAAUUAUAUUGAACAUAAAAAGGAAGAACAAACAUAUUGUCAAAUUCAAAAGGAAGAACAAAAAAAUUGUCAAAUUCAAAAGGAAGAACAAAAAAAAUCUCAAGUUCAGAAGGAAGAUUUGUUCAUGCAAAAUUUUAACAAAAUUGUAGAAAAAAUAAAACAAGUUAAAAUUGAAAAUACAAAUUGUAAUAAUGAUAAUGUAAGAAGAAAAAAAGCUGCAGAAUUAAUACUCGAAUUACAACAAUAUUUUUGUGACAUGGAUGAAUAA